AUGAAUUUCGUUACCAAAAUCAAGAACUAAGCACAAGAAAAAUACGAUCAAAUUAUGAAAAAGAAGAAUGAAUAAUAUCAAGAAAUGGUAUUGAACUAUCAAUAUCGAUAAGAAUGAAGAAAAUAGAGGACAAGAAAUUUAAUUACAAGAAAAUAAAAGUGAUAAUGAAAAUGCUAUUGAAAAUUAAUCAAAAAAUGAGGAUUCUGUUCCUAAUAAACCUUAAGAUAAACCUAAAUAAGGAACCAUUUCCUAUAUUAAAUCAAAUCUAACUAUUGCAGGUGAUUAUCUCAGCAAUAAAGUUAGUGAAGCUUAAAAAAGUGUGACAGUAAUCAAUUAUAUUUUAUAUAAAUAAGCUAUAAUUAUAAAAAGUUGAUCUAAGUGUUAAAUAGACUAUUUUAAAACAAAAAUAGAGUUUUAAUAAAUGGAUAGCACUUAAAAUUGAUUAAAGAAUUUCAAAGUCUCUUAAAUAAAUGGAAAAUAAGAUUUCUCUUAGUGUCUAGAAAGCUGUUCCUAGUUCUUGUUGUUUUGAAUUUAUUAAUGAUGCUGUAUUAAGUCUAUGGACUGAUAUAAGUAAUCUCAUAAGAUUUGAAUUACGAGUUACUAUAGAUGAACCUACUAUUACUUUAUCAAAAAGGCCUGAUAAAAUUAAAUGGCUUAAAUUUUGGUAUAGAUUAAGAAAUUGGAUACUAUAUUCUUUAUAUCCAUUUGAUGUAGAACCUGGAAUAUAAUUUAGAUCACCAUCUUUUUUAUUUAUUAAACUAUUAUAAGCUAUUCCUUUUUAUGGAAUUUAAGUGUUUACAUUUCUUAUCAUCUUUUUAGCUAUUGAUAAAACUGAAGAGUAUUAAGUAGUCAAUUAUAUAUUGGAUUAUAAAAAUAUUCAAUUUUUUACAGCUGGACUAUUGAAUGCUCUUAUUGGAUUCUUUUCCUAUUUUUAUUGUGCAACCUUAAGACCAGCUCAUGAUUAUAUAAAUGAAAAAGAUUAAGGACUUAAAUUAAAUUAUUGUUUUACUCAUGGACCAGGUGCAGAAACACAUUUAAUAUUAUCAUAAAUUAGUUAUUUCACAUAAGUUAUUCUAAUAUGGUGUGCAUUUGCAGUCUUACAUAAAACUAAAUCGAGAGCAGAUUUUAUAAAUAAUUAAUUAAAAAAAUAAGAAUCUAUUAAAAGAGGUGGUAGAUUAACUGGAUUCAUGAUAUAUGAUUUAAUCUGCUUUCUUGGAACAUGUACAUUUACUGGAUAUAUUUAUUAUAAUUAUUAUUAUAAGAAAGAUGAUACUUUAUAUCUGUUACCUUAUGUAGGAAAUCUAAUAUAUUUUUCACAUCUCUUAUAUGGAUUGUUGAGUUUACCAUUUGUGAUUUUUGUAGUACCAUUUUUUGUAAGGAUGUUUACUAGUGCUAUUCCUACUGCUUAUGAUUAAUAUGGAAAUGUUGUGCCUUGUAUAAGUCAAAUGAAAUUGAAUUAUGAAGAAUUACCAUUGGAAUCACAAGAUGAAAUAGAUAUUGAAGAAGCAUUACAGAGUUGA